AGCCGUUUUUAAAUACCGCCACCACACUCAAUCAUAAAUUCUCUUCUCAUUUUUUCUCCUAUCUUUCUUCUUCCUUUCUUCCAUCUAAUCUUUCCUCUCCUACCCACCCAAAGUUCCUUCAGCCAUUCAAUCCCCCCUCCCCCAAAAAAAUAAAAAAAGAAAAGGAGGAUCAGAAAACAUCUUUUCGGGUUUCGCGAUGGCAUCCAAGCGGAUCUUGAAGGAAUUGAAGGAUUUACAAAGGGAUCCUCCUACAUCUUGCAGCGCUGGUCCUGUUGCCGAAGACAUGUUUCAUUGGCAGGCAACAAUCAUGGGUCCUCCAGACAGUCCUUAUGCUGGGGGUGUUUUCCUAGUGACCAUUCAUUUUCCUCCAGAUUAUCCCUUUAAGCCUCCCAAGGUGGCAUUUAGAACAAAAGUAUUCCACCCCAAUAUUAACAGCAAUGGAAGCAUUUGCCUAGACAUCUUGAAGGAGCAGUGGAGUCCUGCACUAACAAUUUCCAAGGUAUUGCUAUCAAUCUGUUCUUUGCUGACGGACCCAAAUCCAGAUGAUCCAUUGGUGCCAGAGAUUGCUCACAUGUAUAAGACGGACAGGAACAAAUAUGAGACAACUGCAAGGAGCUGGACCCAGAAGUAUGCCAUGGGCUAAACGAAGCUUAGGUGUGCGAGUGUGUGUGUGUGAGGGGAGGCCCUAUGCUUUUUUAUAUUUUGGUUUGUUCAGUUCCAUGUAUGUAUGUUUGUUCUGUUCUGUUACUUGAAUGCCUAAAACGGACUAAGGAGGUGCGCAACAUGCCCUCGGUCAAAGAAAAAACUCAAAUGUUGUUUUCUGUAGUUGUAAUGUAUGGAUAAUGUAACUUUUGGAACAGAGACUUGUGUCUUGAAUCAUCCCUCAAAAGCCAGCCUCCCUCCGCCCCCA